CUAUCACCCACCACCACCUUCCUCCAACAUUCAACAUCCAUAUCCUUUCGCCUCUGCUGUGAACCCCAACAACUAAAGGAACUGAUCACGAAAGAAUAACAAGAAGGAAUACCAACCCCACGAGCCUCGAUCCUCCUCAUCAUGAAACUCACAUUCAAAACCCUCCAGAAGCAACAGUUUGUCCUGGAUGUCGAGCCAUCGACAACGGUCGAGAAACUGAAGAGUCUAAUCAAAGAAUCUCAAGGUUUCGAACCUGAACAGCAGAAGUUGAUCUUCAGUGGGAAGGUCUUGGCAGAUGAUAAGACGAUCGAGCAAAUCGGCGUCAAGGAGAAAGACUUCUUUGUUGUCAUGUUGAUCAAACCCAAGACCGCCCCGACUGUUCCUGCCCCCGCAAGCGUCCCGAGUGGAGCUGGAGCAGCUGCUUCCACCAGCGCCACCGCACCUACACCAGCUGCUGCUCAACCCGCUACCGCCACACCUUCCUCAACUACUGCCCCCGCCUCAACCGAUGCUGAUAAUGCUAGCGCUGCUACUCCCGCUAGUGGCACCCAAGACCCCGGAUUUUUGGUCGGUUCAAACCUACAAAAGACGAUCGACGAAAUCGUCAACGGCAUGGGAUUCCCGAGAGAGCAAGUCACGAAGGCGAUGCGUGCUGCAUUCAACAACCCCGAUCGGGCAGUCGAAUAUCUGAUGACCGGUAUUCCAGCAGGCUUAGAUGCGCCUGCACCUCCAGUUACACUGCCAACCAAUGCCCCGUCAACAGUGAACCCAUCUGCUACGACUCCAUCCGCUGCUGCUGCCCCCGCAGCGGGCUCGCGUAACCUAUUCGAAGCUGCUGCAGAGCAUGUUGCUCAACAAAGGCAACCAGGUGAAGCAGCCCUUCCGACAGCAGAACCUGCUCAAGCUGGGGCUCAAUCGAUCCCUACCAGUCGUGCACUCGAAGCACUACGGAACAACCCUCAGAUGAUACAACUUCGACAGCUUGUUCAACAGAAUCCCAAUCUCUUGCAGCCGUUCUUACAGCAACUUGGCCAGAGCAAUCCAAACCUCCUCACCCAACUCACCUCUAACCCGACCCUACUGAUGUCUUUCUUGGCCGAGGGGGCCGAAGGGCUAGACGACGAUUCAUCAUUACCACCUGGGAUGAUGGGGGGUGCUGGAGCUGGGGGACCAGAGGACCAAACCCAAUACGUCCAGGUCAGUCAAGAGGAGCGGGAUGCGAUCGAGCGAUUGGUUGGUCUAGGCUUUGAGCGACAAUUGGUCGUCCAGGCGUAUUUUGCGUGUGAUAAGAAUGAAGAGAUGGCUGCGAAUUACUUGAUCGAGCACGGAUUUGAUGACUUUGAAGAAGCGGCUACUGGCGGAGAUGCGUAAACAUUCAAGUCAAACUUUUCACUUGACUUCUAUUUCAUAUUCUUCACACAAGUUUCCAUUAACAUACCACUUAAUCAGUUCCACGUGUUAUACAUUCUUCUUCAUCUCAGAACCCAAACACACAAAAAAAGGCAAAAUGCAAAUUUUAGCUGGUGGUUCCCUCCUUUCCCAUUUUCAUCAUUUGUUGGUCCUUCUGUAUAUGUCCAUGUCAAAGAAAAACAAAUAACAAAUGAAAAAACACAUUUAAACGAUUAAAUGAAUGAUUAAAUAGCAUCUCAAUUUCUAUUUUUGGCCCUUCAAACAUUCAUACACGUUGCCAUGCAGCCAAUUAACAAAUUAAG